GUCAGCUGAUUUUGUCACAUGACCUUCGUUAACAUAACAUACACCUUUCUUCCUAGCAUAACAGGUCAGGAGAAAGCAGGAGCCAGGAGAGUAAAUAGUCCCCAGUUCGGGGGAAACAACACAAAGAAAUGAGUGAAGAAAGUUCAAGCGUUGUCCUUGGCUUUCUGGAAGUAAAGGUGCGUCUCCAGUUGUGACGGCUAAGCAGAGGAGUGUCCCGGUGGAAGUAGCCAUGCAUCCCUUCGGCUGUGAGGCUGAGACCUCCCUUCAGGAGCUGUUUGAGUACUUCAAGAGGUGCCUGCAGCAUGGAGAGUGGGAGCUGGCCAAUGCCUGUGUGCCACAGCUGGUUAACUCAACGGGAGGACUUUCAGAAAAGCUUCGAGACAUAAUCAAAGCUAUUGUCUGCCAUCCUUACAACUUAAAAUGGGAGUCUGUGGGCAGUCCACACAAACUUGCUUGGUUUUGGCUUCAGGUUUUGGAGAAAUGGACGGAAGAGCAGGUUCCUCUCGACAUCAGGAGAGAGCUGGAGUUCCUGCUGCUCCUGGAAGAACUGGGCUCAGAGGGCUUACCAGAGACUGCUCUAAAGCAGGAGUUGCACCAGGCCUUCUUGGAGACACAGUCUGGGCAAAAGGCCCCAGAGGGUUCAACGACAACAGGUGCUGCUGUUGAGUCUUGCCUGCGAACCUUGUUGGAGAAAAAGAAGCCCAGACUCGCCCAGUCUCUCGCACAUUUCCUACAGGACCACACUCUGCAGCAAACAUUCAUCCAACACCUGGUGAAGGAACUGGGAAAACCGGAGAGAAGGCCGGCGGAAGUGGAGAAAUGGGUGGAGGAGAUCUACACCGUGUUGUCUGUGAUGCCACAGAGCCCUGGGGCAAGCAGCGGGCAGCUGGAGGCGCUGUGUGAGGCUCUGUGGGCAGCCAGAGACGGGCCCCUGAAAGAGGAGAGGAUCCUGAGCUCGUUGCUUCGCCCUCGGUGUGAUGCUCUCAUCUCUGUUUACUGUUCCACCGCUUUGAGACUUCAGAGGGAUCAGCUGCUAAGGAGUGCCCCUGAUACACAAGUGGACCUUCCUGAAGCAGAGAAGCUUGCCCUGAGUUUAUGUUGCAACAAGGAUCGUCCAUCCAUUUGGAAGACCAUUUAUUUUGAGUGCCUUAGUAGUGGAAAGCACUUCCUUGAGCAGGUCUUGGUUACUGCACUUGACCUGAUUAAACACGAGGAGUUUUCCCCGCUGAAAGACUUACUGAAGUCGGAGUUUCAGCCUUUAUCCCGUCUGCUGUUGCUCCUGGGAUGGAUUCAUUGUCGCAGUCUGAGUUCGGCUCAAACGCUGCUCAGCAUCCUUCACCGAGAGCAGGCUCCAGCCAAUGACUCUGUUCUGCAGGAGUUUUCCAAUCUUUUGUCCUCUCAGCUUGGAAUACUUAAAUGGUGUAAAAACAACAAUCCUGGGAUUCCCACGGAGGCAUUGCUGGCACAGCUUCACACUCUGGACAAUCACUCUGCCCUCUAUAUUUUGCAUUCCCUGACUCCUUUGGCUCGGUUUGAGGAGCGCAAGAUACUAGAUCUGCUGCAGCAACUGCCAAAUUCACCAGCAACAGAAGACACUGAGGUCGUCAGUAAUCUCAGUUCGGGUGUGCAGAGGAACAUAGUAUUGUUCCAGGGGUUUUGUGCCAUGAAGUACGCCAUCUAUGCUCUCUGUGUAAACGCACAUAAAUACUCCAAUUGUACCGAGUGUGACUCGAUGCAGCAGCACCCGCCAUCUGAAGCAGAAAUAGACCAAAACCAAACCUCAACUUCCUCCGACGGUUGCCAAUUUCUGUUCCAGAACUAUUUGUCAGAGUGUCAGCUCUAUCUGGAGGCCGUGCCUGCGAUCUUCCGCCUGGAGCUUCUAGAGAACAUCUUCUCCCUCCUCUUCCUGUCCACCACUGACUUUGCCCCGCACAUCCAAAAUGACAUAAACUUGAACCAGAAGACGGGGAAUGCCACUCAGUCCGAUUUUCUAUCAGAUACAAGAAACACAAAUGUAGAAUCGGGAACCAAAGCAAAGACGGGUGAGACUCAGUACGUCGGGAAAGAGAACCAGAAGCUGCGUUCAAGUUCACUAACAGCAGGCCACUACAGUCACCUGGACUUGGGACACUUUAUCCAGGGCUGCAAGGGGUUUCUAGCCGACGUGACGGCCAUGGCAGGAUUUUUGAAGCUGUUGAAAGAAGGGUUGGAGGGCAUGUGUGUGGUGGGCCAGCAGGACGGACAGGAGGCGGGAAGAGCGCUGCCUCGAGAGACCGAAGCGGCAGAGAACCUCGGCUGCUCAGUGACGGCUGAAACAUUCGGGGCUCGCCUGCAGAGGUUGUCCAAGCGCACGGCAGAGGCUCAGUGGAGGCUACAGAUCAUCACCAGCAAUCAGGGCACAGGAAGUGGUUUAGAAAGUCCUCUCCAGCUGUCAGCUGUCGGCUGCCCUGUCACUCCUCUGGGAAGCAGCAAGAGCUCCAGCCUGAGGAGAAGGAAGAGAGCUGGGAGACAUGCUAUAGAGAGGCAAACCUCAGUGGAUAAAUAUAAUGGAGAAGUUAGCACCAGCACAUCAGAUGGUGGAGGAGGGACAGGCUGCGUGGAAUUAGAGGUCUGUCCAUGCGGAGGUCCCCAUAGCUGGCUAGUCCCCGCCAUGCUGUCCCCUCCAGAGUCUCUUCUCAUGUCCUGCAUCCGCCGAGGGAACUUCAUGGAGGCACAUCAGGUGUCUCUGGUGUUUGAUCUGGAAGCAUCUGCCUGUUGUGGUGAGCUGGUUUUCAUGGAGCGCUACAAAGAAGUCCUGGUGGAGUUGGACCAGGUGGAGCAGAAGAUGGAGAGCCAGUCUAUGUCUUCAUCCUCAUCCUCCUCAGAGGGUUUGGGGACAGCGGCUGUGUCCGCCUCCGGGAGGUGUCGGCUGGGUAGCAGCGGGCGAUUAACCCUGCAGGCCAUCGGAAGUGCUGCUGCUGCAGGCGUAGCUUUCUACUCUAUCUCGGACAUAGCAGACCGUCUCCUCAGCACCCCCGCACACCCCAUGCCCUCACUGGAGGACGGCUACUGGCAGAGCCGCUGCACUUCAGACCCCUCUGGCCUCCUUUACACACUGCUGGAGGAGCUCAGCCCAGCAGCCAUGGCUGCCUUCGACCUAGCCUGCUGCCACUGUAAGCUCUGGAAGACGUCCCGACAGCUGCUGGACACCGCAGAGCGCAGACUCAACAGCAGCCUGGAGGCUCAAGGAGUAAGAGUUGACUCUAAGGUUCCCCAUUCUGAGGGCAUCUGUGGAUUUCCUAUGGUAUUACAGCAGAUCAACAAGAUCCUGAAUCAUUCUGCUACUAAUAAGAGCUCUGUCAAAGCAGAAGCUGUCGGGGAAGACCAAGUGUUCGCCAGCCCAUUUGGUUGCUGCAUCCAGGAAGUGCUCCUGUGUUGCUACCCAGCACUGAGUGAAGAGUGCAUGGCCUCUCGGCUCAGUCUCGGUCAACGUUUGGAAACCACCCUGCACAUCCUGAGCACCGCGACAGAUGGCACAGAGGCCAGUGUGGGCAGCGCUCUUCUGGCCCAGUUGGUUGAACAGUCCAGUCUGAAGCAGUCGGAGCUGGACGCUCACCCUGUGCGCUGCAGCAUGAAGCAGCUGCUGCGCUCUCUGGAUCAGCUUUGCCCCUUCGAGCCAGACGGAGAUCUUGCCAGACCAGAUUAUGUGCGCAGUUUCCUCGACUACGUCAACACGCUAGCAUCAGUGCUAGUGCGCAGCCUUGGUUCGGAAGACCAGAGCAGUGAAGUGAAGCUUGGGAAUCCACUACUGGUGUUGCUUCAAGCCCCAUUUCAACUUCUCUCCCACCUGCUGUUUGACAGGCAGGUGUCUCCUGACAGAGUGCUGUCCUUGCUGCAGCAGGAAGGGCUGCGACUGAGCGUGCAGCAGGUGAUUGUCCAGCGCUGCUGUGAGACUCUGCCUGUGUGGAUCUCCUGUCCAGGUGAUGACCGAGACUCCAAGAAAGACGACGGAGUGUUCGGUGUUGCCAGUCUGUCCGUCCUGCUCCAACAGCAUGCUCAGGAGCACAUGUCCUCCCUGGGAAUCACAGAGCCUCAGUCUGAUGCAAGCUCUGAGUCUGAGGCCUCAGUGGAGGAGCGCUCACUGACACCCACCAUCCUCUCCACCUCGCCACCAUCUCAUUCAUCCUCCUCUUCCUCAAGCUCUUUCCUCCUCACACCAUCCGCCCUGUCUUUCCUAAAGUCUCGCUCCUCUUUACUGGCCACACUGGCGUGUCUGAGUGCCUGCAAAGGAGAAACUGCCCGGUCACAAUCCUCCGGAUGGUCUGGCUAUUUCCGAAGCAGCCGUAAAGAGGCAGUCCUAGAUGGGGAGCAGAUUUCGCGUGAAGCAGAUAACCUCCUUAAGGAGUUCCCUAUUCUCCGGGCUUACCUUCACACCAUGGCUGAACCGUUGCUGGGCACUCAGUUAAGUGAGUGCGAGGAAGGUUCUGCUGGACUAGGGGCGGUUAUUUGUGGGAAACCCCUCGUCAGUCUGCUGCUGUCUGGGCCUCAAGAAGAAGUAGCCCAGGCCGUGGCUGCUGAGGCCUUCCAGAAGGCUCUUUCCUCCAGAGACCUGGGCCGAGCCCUCAGUUUGCUGGAGCUGUAUGGGAAAGGCGGCAGCCAGGAGGGGGCGCUAAGAGACCGUCUGCUUGCCUGUGCUGCCUUAGAAGAUGGAGAUGACGGUAUAGGUCAGCUGUUCCGCGUACAGGAUGCUAACCUGCGAGCCCGGGUCGCCCUGCAGGCUCUGGAGCGCUGGCCUCUGUCCGCCUGCCUGGAGCUGCUUGAGUUCUGCAUCAACGACCCGAGCACCGAGACCUCGCUGAGAACAGACUUAGAGCUCAAGAAUAAAGAACUGAACCUCUAUCGCCGGAUGUUGAAUUUACAACCUCCGUUGCCAUGGGCUACUUGGCAGGAACUGAGAACGGAGUCCAAGACAAACUCUGAGUCCAUGUUAUCUAUGAUGGUGGAGGCGAAAGAGUUUGCUCUUUGUACACAGUGGGUUGAGCUCUACCCUGUAUCUGACCAGCUGAGACUGCAGCUACAGACUGAGCAUUUGCUUCAUCUGCUGGAGAAGGGACAGACAGAUGAGGCUUUCCAGUUACUGGAAGGCCUCUCAGACUUUGUGGUCGGCCUAGACGUUUGUGAGCGCGCUCUGGACCGCCGCCCCGGUUUGGCUGCCUGUCACUUCCUGGCUGACUACCUCACUCUGCAUUUCCAGAGGCAGGUGUCUCCAGCGCGUCGGCGUCACAUCCACGCCCUCCAUCUGGGCUCAAAGGUGUUGCUGACUUUGCCCCCAGCGGCCAGGCAGGAGUAUUUCCCUCUGCUGUCGGAGCCGCUGCUGAUGCUCGAGCAGCUGUUGAUGAACCUAAAGGUCGACUGGGUAGACGUGGCGGUGCAAACCCUGCGGAGCCUCCUGGUUGCCCAGGAGGCUGGCUUUGGUACCGAGGACAUUGAUAAGCUUCUGGCAGACUACGCCUGCAAGGCUCUCGACUUCCCCUGCGCCCCCAGAGAGAGAUCUCGAUCUGACUCUGUCAUCAGCCUCCAGGACGCACUGAUACAAUGUCCUGCUCAAGACACCUGCUCCGGAUCAUCAUCUUCCACAGGCAGCACCCCUACCCACAUCCCGUCCUCCAACAGCACGGACAAGGAGAGGGAUCGAAGCUCCGCAGGGAAAAAACGCCGCUCGUCUGCCAAGUUUCAGCCUCCAGACCAACCACCAGCCCGCAAAGACUGGGUCCCUGACACCAAGCAGCACAUUUGCAUGGUCUGCCUGCGUGAGAGGUUCACCAUGUUCAACAGACGGCACCAUUGUCGGAGAUGUGGCCGUCUGGUUUGUCAUGCGUGUUCAGAGCAUAAGAUGCCCGUUGAGGGCUGCCCAGAAGAUGAAGAAGUCAGAGUCUGUGACCAGUGUUACGCCUAUUUUCACCCAGAUUCGGAAGAUGAGCUGGAACCAGAUAAAGUGGCUGGAAGCCCCGUGGUCACAGAGGAAGAUCUAGAUGGGAUGCUGCAUCUCCCUGAAGUGGUCCAACGACAGAUCCAUCUCAGUACGAAGCCUGCAGAGAAUCAGCUGCUGCGGAGCGAGUUCUACUAUGAACAGGCUCCCAGUGCGUACCUCUGCGUGGCGAUCUUGUCUCUGCACAGUGAUCAGACAGCCUGUGGUCAUCAGCUCAUCAGCCACUGCCGCUCUCUGUCUCGUAAGCUGACCAAUCCCGAGGUGGACGCCUGCCUCCUCACCGACAUCAUGCGGCAGCUGCUCUUCAGCGCUAAGCUGAUGUUUGUUAAGGUCGGCCGCAGCCAGGAUCUCGCCUUAUGUGACAGUUACAUCAGCAAAGUAGAUGUGCUGAAAAUUCUUGUGACGGCCAAUUACAAAUAUAUUCCUUCUUUGGAUGACAUUCUGGAAACUUCUGCUGUCACACGUCUCCGUAACCAGCUGUUGGAAGCAGAGCACUACCAGCUAGCAGUAGAGGUGUCUACCAAGAGUGGCCUGGACCCUGGCGGCGUGUGGCAGGCAUGGGGGAUGGCUUCUCUCAAGGCAGGUAACCUUUCAGGAGCGAGGGAGAAGUUUGGCCGCUUCUUAAAGGCUCCAGUGGACCGCAACCAGCUCAACCUAGGUCCCUUACUGCUGCAGGAGGUUGUCCAGCACCUGGAGACCACUGUCCAACCCACUCUGACAACGCAGGCUCUCGGUGAGGACAUCUUGGCGUCCCUGCGGCAGCUCGAGGAGUUCCUGUGCGAGGCCGGUCCUGUGGAUCGACCAGAGGGUCAAACACAGAGCACCAGCCUCCACCAGGAGUGUCUCUACUACCUGAACACAUAUGGCACUCACCUGGCGCUGAUCAGCUUCUAUAUGCGUCAUGACUGCAUGACAGAGGCUCUAAAAUACCUGCUCAACAAGGAGUGCCCAGAUGAGGUAUUUCUAGAGGGUGUGUUGCAGCCCAGUCUGGAGAGGGGGUGUCUUGGCAUGCUGCAGGGCAUACUGGAAAAACUUGACCCCGGCCUGGAAACAUGCAGCCGCUACCUCAUCGCCUCCUGCCAGUUCCUCCAGAGGCGGGGAUACUACAACACUCUCUACCAGCUCCAGCAGUUCAUGAUGGAUCAUGUUCGCGCGGCCAUGACCUGCAUCCGAUUCUUCACCCAUGGAGCAAGUUCCUACUUAGAGCUGGGAGAGCACCAGCGUUGGUUGGUCCGAGCCAAAGAGCACCUGAGGACGUACCUGCAGGAGCAGCAGGGCCGCGGCGCUGCCAGGAGGAAGUCUCAGGUCGUCAGGAAGAUGAUGUCAUCCAGUGACGUGUCCAGGCAUAUGAACACAAUAGAGCUUCAGCUGGAGGUAACCCGUUUCCUCCACCGCUGUGAGACCGCGGCGUCCUCCAAGUCACCAAAGACCAGUACACCUUCCUCCAAGUCCCCUGGAUCCAGCUCACCGCCUACACUGUUUGGAGGAAGCCCCGUAAAAGUUGAGGUUGCCUGCAAGGUAAUGCUUGGAGGAAAAAACAUAGAAGAGGGCUUUGGCAUUGCAUAUAGAGUCAUACAGGACUUCCAGCUGGAGGCCCAGGCAGUGUACAUGCGGGCCGGCCAAAGGCUCACCCGCCAGAGGCAGUAUGCAGCCGUACGGCAGCUGCUCAAAUGUGUGGGUGAAUCGGGCACCGCCACCAAAGACGACUGCGACGCCCUCAUCCUCAGCUGCGUCUCCGUUGCAGAUAAGGGACCGGCUGAUGCCAAGGAGCUGGAGAGUCUCAUUCUGGAGACCAAGAGCACAGAAAGCAAGAUCAAAGCCUACCUGCUGUGCAGUAAACUGCGACCGGCGUACCUGCUGGCGGUGAAGCUGGAGGUGAGCCGAGCGGGACCGCUGGUCCAGGACGUCCUACAGGCCGCCGAGGGAGCCCAGGACUCAGUGAUGCAGAAUAUCUGCAGCCAGUGGCUCUCUGAACACAACAACAAGUCAUCGCAGCAGCGCCAGGGCCGACCCAAUGCCAGGUAAAGGCACAGUCGGCACAACAAGUGGUACACGCGCAGAAAACAAGGGAGCCGCAAAUAAGAGGAUCCAGAGCAGCUGUUGCACAUAUCACAUGUUGUGUGCCCCGAAGCUGCAGAGUGUUAGAAUGAUUGACAUACAGCACACUUUACACCCGAACAGUCCCAUACUAUCACGAUCACUCGACAGCGUACAUGCUGAGGAGCCGAUAUGGGGCACAGAGUCCAGAUCGUCUUGGUGUCUACACUCAAAUCCGACUAAAUAGUUAGAAUGACGCAGUGCAAACCUCCAAGUUGUUAAAUUCCAGCCUUGCUGCAGGGAUGGACCGAUGUACUCACCCCAUGACACAACUCUUGUGUGUGGUUAUGUGUCAUUGAUGCUGCAGGUGGUCAGAGGUGGAACGGUGAAGUGAAAACUCUGUUUUUCAGCCUGGUGUUACUUAUUCAGUGGAAACAUCUAGAAACCCUUUUUUCUCUUUAUGUUUAUGCAGCCUUCCUGUCUGUGAAACUGACAAAUCACCGCCGUGCUUUAUUUCCAUUCUGGAAAUAGGUUUGCUAUUACUUCUAAUCUCUACUCUAGAGAGGGAACAAUGUUACAAAAACUAUUGCUAACUGCAACGUAAACUGAACUGUGGUUCUUUCACAAUUAAAACAUAUCUGUAUGGAAGUAUUUGACUCAGAUUAGUCUCCUACCUCAGCCAAAAGGGAAAAUAUCUUUAACUGACUGGAAGGCCUCUGACAAAUAUGUUGCCUGUUUGUUUUUGUACAUCCUUAUUGGUCCUGUGUGUAAAUUGACUUCGGAUGUAAAUGCAAUGAGAUGUCCUCUGCCAAGAAAGGUAUAUGUUCAAGAAACUGAAAAAUGUAGAAUCUCUUUUUUUUUUUUUUUUUGUAAUUCUGAUGAAGUUGUUGACUGUUUUAUCUGAUAUUGUAUAGCACAUGUAUGGCCAUCUUUUAGCAUAUAUAUUCCCUUUUGGUAAGGGAAGUUAAUAUCAGUCAGAAUUGCAAGUACUUUAGGACACGUUGAGACAUUUCCAAGAAAUGUAAAAGUUUUAGGUUGGAUACUGGAAAAAAGGGACCCACUUUUAGUUCAUGUUAUUGAUCAAGAUGAAUUCAUUAUCCACAAUAUCAACUCUCUAGUCAUUAGUUUAGUCUGUGGACGGCUCGUUUUUAUGUUUCAUCUUGCUCAUUUUAAAUCAUGCUUUUCACUCUGUUCUCAUGGAAGACAUGACACACGUCUGUCUGAACCAUAUACAUCCACAAUAAUUAACUUACACAGUCAAAUCAUGUAAAAAAAAAAAAAAAAAACUUUGAUGAUGAACUUUUGCCAUAUGGUUUUCUUUGGAUGUUUAAUUUAGUUGUUUGCCUAUUCUCUUUCACAAAGCUACAUCCUGGCCAAAACUAGAGAACUACACUUCAUAUUAAAUUGUCACCAUAAACCAUAUUUUUAGUUCAUUUUCUGUCUCGUUCAAAGAUUACAUGGGCAAGGUGUUCGGUCUUGCUUCGUUCUGCUGUACUAGUCUGAAGACCGAGACUGACCAACUUCCUGUGAUAGUAAGUGUUGAUGGACAUGACAAGGCAUGAAAAGAAGCCAGUGUAGACUUAUUGCACUCUAAUCCUUCUUAACUCUGACUGUUGUCUCAUCACUGCCGCACUUUAUACUUAGUGAGUUUAAAAAAAAUAAAAAAUAAACUUCUUUGGUAAAAAAAUGUGAAACAUGUAAAACAGUAACUGCUGGGACUAGUGAUCUUGAAAUGUAAUCGAUUUCUCCAUCCCCUGUUUGAACAAAUGUAGUAAUAAAACAAAAAUGUAAUGUACAAACU